AUGAAGGAUACUGAAAGCGUGCUGGUGCAGACCAACAUCGAUCGACGGACCUGCCAUCGUGUAAAGCCGAUGCAGGUCCUUGUUCUGGGCCUCUGCCGCACGGGAACCCUGUCAACAUGGCUCGCCCUCCAGGAACUCGGCUACGAGACCUACCACAUGACCUCGAUCAUGCAGAACCCCAAGGACGCGGUGCUGUGGACCGAAGCCUUCCGCGGCAAGUACCACGGCGACCGCCCCUUCACGCGCGCCGACUGGGACCAGCUCCUGGGCCACGUCGAGGCCGUCACGGACUUCCCCGCCGCCGUCUUCGUGGAGGAGCUGGUGGCCGCCUACCCGGAUGCGAAGGUGGUGCUGACCCUACGCGACGUCGACGCCUGGUUCGCCUCGAUGCAGCAGACCAUCAUGGCGCAGACCUACAGCCCCCUCGCGACGCUGCUGGGGUGGAUCGACCCCGAGAAGUUUGGGGCGGGCAACCGCAUGUGCCGCCUGGGGUUUGACGCGAUGUUCGCCGGCGACUUCGCCCGCAAUGGCAAGCAGGCGUUUCGCGAGCAUUACGAUCGCGUCCGAAGCGUCGUGCCGCGCGAUCGUCUUCUCGAGUGGAACCCCGCCGAGGGCUGGGAGCCCCUGUGUGGCUUUUUGGGAAAGGAUGUCCCCGCCACGCCGUUCCCGCGCGCGAACGAGAAGGCGAUCUUUCAGAAGAAGUCGGCGGCGGUGAUCAUGGAUAUGUAA